UCUCCAAAUGUCAACCGGCGUGACUUGUUAUUGAAUAUUGAUUUUAUUUAUAACUUAAGUAUUUUUGAACUAUUUUCUCAAACUAAGAAAUGUAAGGUAUUAUUUUUAAACUAAUCAUUACAAGCCAUGUCAGCAAAUGGUACCGGCGGUAACUAUGCACCUCUUAAGCAAAUACUGUCGGAUUCAGAAUCGGAAGAUGAUCAGAAGUUAGAAAAUGCCGUACGUAUCCAGGCUUCGGAUAGCUGUAAUAAUUUGGACUACAACAGUGGACUGCAGUCGUCAAAGAACUACAGUAUGAGUGACAUGGACGAGUACAAUUCAAAUGAAAAAACAGUAGAAAGCACGAUGGAUAACGUAAGCUUUUUACAAUCCGAUAUGUCAAAUAGAAUGUCAUUUUCACGGCGCUGCGCAUUUAUCGCAUCAAUACUUGUUUGCGUUUUUACUAUAGUAAUAUUUCUUUGGGGUAUUCCAUGCUCCGACGUUGGUAGCUGCAUUAACAAUGAGUGGCAAGAUAAAACUACGAGCUGGGAGAUUCCUUACGACGAAAUAGAGCUCUCUGGAGCCGUUCAAGUCGUAGACGGAGCUAUACCCAAUACAAAAAAUCUUAUUUUCAUAUACCGCGGAAAUCAUAUGAAAGAGGAAAAAGACAAUAAUGACAAUGUGAAUGGAGUUUUAUUAAUUGUUGGCAAUACUGGUAAAGUCGGUUGGUAUACACGAGAAACUAGAAUACCGACUGAAAUAGACUGUCAUCUUAUUGAUGUGAAUCGCGAUAAGCAGAAAGAUUGCAUUGUGUCUGGUACAGAGGGAUUGCUUGCCGCUCUUAACCCAUUGUCAGGAACAUACUAUUGGUAUAUUCUUAAACAAGGUAAAAUAUUCAGUGAUAUUGUAGCAAUUGAUUUUCCAAUAGUAAUAAAAGAUAUGGAUAAAGAUAAAGUUUAUGAUCUUCUGACUGUGGCCACCAUAUAUCCCAAUGCUAAUCAUAAUUCAUUGCUGAUAAUAUCUGGAGCAACAGGUAACAUUAUAGGUGAUCCAAUGACCGUUCAUGAUUGUCUAUUGAUUAAGCUUUUGACAGAGUCCGACGGUAUCACAUAUCUAUGCAAAAAUGGAACAUCUGAAGCGGUGCGGCAGAUAACAUAUCCAUGGCUAUAUAGAAAACUGUUGAAGUUAGAUCAAUCAACAAAUCAUUCAGUUCCCAUACCAAUGGUUUCAAAGAGGGUAAACGUCAGUUUAAAAAAGAGCAUGAGCAGUGCAAACAAUUGGGAAAUAUACACAAAUGGACCUGGAAAACUUAUUGUUGAAAAUUCUGGUGAGUGUCCCAACUCAUGUAGAGUUAAUCUAAAAUUAUUGCUUGAGAAAAAUGGAACAACAAAUGUAAGUUGGGAGUAUUCUGCUAACCAUGUGUACGCUAUGAAGCCUAGUUCAUUUGCCUUUGCAAACUCUAUUAGGGGCUUUGUCUUGAAAUUAUGACAGUGGAACAGUGCACACCUGGCAAAGGGUGCACUUAAAAUUGAUGAAGUAAGAUACAAUGUACAAAAUCAAAGCCCCAAGAAUACCUAUGAUAUAUUUUAUUACCGGCCGACUAUAAAUGUCGCUUCUAUUUCAUCAUUCAUCAAAUAUGCAAAUUUCACAGCACAUGAUAUUUCAGAGAGAAUUGUUUUGGUAUCGUUUGAUAACCUUCAAUCAUAUGUUCAUGUAAAUGUGAGCCAAACUGAUAUUGUACAAAUUUGUGUCCGUGGUUCUAUUGACACUGGAACCCCAUCACCAACAUGUCAACCUGAUUUAGAGUAUCAAGAGAGAUCUUUAGUUAUUGCGGAUCUAGAUGAAGAUCAGUCGCAUGAAUUAAUAUCAUACUACAGUACUUUUAAUCCUCCAGAGUCAUAUUCUCCAAAGAAAUCCCAAGCAUAUGACGAUUGGCGCUUGACGUCAACCGUUAGAGUUAUUAGGCUAGAAUCAGAAAUACCAAAGUUGUUUGUUGCAGAUAACUAAUACAAUAUUUGAAACUUUUAAUCAAUGAAAGAAAUGUGUUAGUUUUAAGAUAUUUUGUUCUAAAAAUUGCUAUGCAUGCUAUAUUGGCUUGGCAGUGGCUUAUAUAUCUAGUCAUCAAUCAAAUUUAUAUCAUGGUAGGUAAAUUGUAAAUAGCCAAUUUUAAAUCAUAUAGUUACAUAGUUGUUUGUUCAUUUCAGACCAAUAUAUUUCAAUAUUAAUAAAAUUCUCAGAGAUGAUUGUAAUGCUCUUCAUAAUAAUGUUAAACAUCUGUGUUCAAUUUUAAUAUCACUAUAAAGGAAUCAUAUUGUUAUUAAAUGAAUCUCAAAUCAUAUAUUAAUUGUUUGUUUAAUCUUUGUCAUAGAAUUCUGCUUUAUAUUGAUGUCUUAAAUGAUAGUUUAUUGUAUCUUACGAGAAGUUAUUUAUAGAUAUUGUGAAUUAAUUAUUGGGAUUAUCUUUUUACAAAUAUAUUUUAUUGAUAUUUUCCUAUAAUAUAAUUUAAUGUUCAACUGUGUGGUGAUAAACAUUUUUUUUAUUAAUAUAAAUAGUGUCUUAGUUAUUAUCAAUCAGUUAAUGUGCCUUAAGAGAGGCUAAGAGGAUUGUUUAAUAAAAUUUUAUUAAGUAUUUGUAUUCACAAAUUGUAUUUCCUAU